AUGGUUUAUGACGAAGAAGAGCGUACAAUCAACCAGUGGAGAAUCAUGGUUGCUGAAUUAUCCAUCGUUGUUGCUGAAUUAGCCAUUGCUAUUGCUGAAUUAUCCAUUAGUGCUGAAUUAUCCAUCGUUGUUGCUGAAUUAGCCAUCAUUAUUGCGGAAUUAUCCAUUACAAGCAUACUUCGGAUUUUUUUUACUUCGUUAACCCGCAGAACAAAUCCAAUGACGUCACAAUUCUUUUGUUUUGGUCGGAGUGAUGAUGCCGCUGAUAUUCCUGUUGAUGUUACUAUAGAAACAUCAAAUUUAGAAGGGCUUGGUGAUGUAGGAGGACUUGAUUCAGCGAUGAUCGAAACGUUUCCAGUAUUUGUUUACAUUGAUGUGAAGAAUCUAGACCUUAAAAUUAUGCUCGCCGGAACCGCUCUUAAUGUAGGUGAUGCUGUAAUUGAUGUAUAUGAAGACGAUGAAAACCCUUCCGAAGGGACGGUGGUUUCUGAAUUAGAACAUCAUGAAGAGAACCGGGAAUCAAUUCCUUUGCUACGGAACUCAGAAAAAAUGGUUGAUCGUAUAAACCAUGACAAUGAGAUGAGCCAGUUAAAUGCUAGUAAGAAUAUACUAAGAUCCGUAAACCGGCCUACAGCACAACUCCAGAGAUCACAUUCAACUGGCCAUUCAUUGAUACGACAAGGCCUGGAGAAUAGUGAGAGGUAUAUGUUACGAUUACCAGAUGAUGUGAAUUAUUAG